GUGUUACAGCUCGAUGUCGAUGAUACGAUUCGACGCUACAAUGUCGAUCCUCAAAGUGUUGCGGAGGAGACCAGGAAGAUGCUCCCAAGCGAUAUUUGUGCUAUAUUCAGACGGUCGCGGAACUGCCCAUGCCCUUCAAAUCUUCCCAUAAAGUCCUUGUCCAAUUUGUGGGGAAAGGGUUGCGCGCAGAUGACUACGAUGGAUGCGUGACCUCCGAUAUGUGUACACCGAUCGCACCUGCCUCCAGCCACCCGUCUGCACGCGAAGCCCUCAAGCCAUUUCCCGAGUUCCCUUUCGACGAUUGUUAUCAGUAUACAUUCGUAACCGCGAUUGUUCGCAUCCCGAAUCAGCGGUAUCCCCGUCGUCACUUCAUCGAACUGGAUAGCCGUGAUAUUGUCAUGCAUUCGAUGAGCAUCACAGAAGACUACGACAAACACGUUGCCUUGAAGAAGGAAAGAGGGUUCCCUCUUGAGCCAUAUGAAGAAGACUGCUACCCCGCAGACAGCACAUCUGACUACGGGCAGGAGGCUGGGGACGAACAUCACUCCAGAUAUGGCACCGAUACUGAGAGUGUUGGCAGCGCAGCCUCGUCCUUCGAUGAUGCGCUUGAUGCGGAUGACAUGGCAGCCAUAUUCUUUAGCGGCGACGAAGCGUUCGAGAAUCCGGAAGUUGACGAUAUUCCAGUGACAGUCAAGGCCUCGGUGAACCUCCACGAAAUUGACGAGGUCAUUGACCCGGCCGGGUUUCUCAAAGAAGAAGCCGACCUAAGACGCAUCAUUCGAGAGGCGAAGGCUCGCACGAUCAACGAGACCAAAAGCGAGAGGACACCCACCGCAGGAGACCCGGAUGUGCAAAUGUCAGACGAAACGGAACCAGCUGGGGGUAGAGACCAGCGUAGCAUCAUACCGCUGGAAGUGGAUCAAGUUGGUCCCGCCGCGGACGUUGGCGAAUGUGUUGCAAAGGCUGAAAAAGAGGAGUCUCAGACAUACCUAGGAACGGAGGGCGCAGAGAAGACCAGCUCUCCUCUCGUUAAUCGUUGUCAGACUCUACGACGUUUCAUAGGUCUGGGACGUUGCAAUUGGUGGAAACGCUCGUGCAUCGCCCGGGGUCUCCGCCUUGUGCGCAGCAAGAUAUGCAAGGUUCUACGCGCUGUUGCUCGUGUAGUGCGCUUGCGCAAAGGCAACACACGGCGCUGAUGUUUUAGCCUGCGCCUUUUGAACGUGUAUUACUAUGAUACUUACUACUGUCCCGCGAUACCCGCCGAUACUGCCAGCUUUUGA